AUGGCGAUCAUAGGCCACAAGGAAGAGCUUGGAGACCCCCGGGUCUCUAACAUCGCGCGAGAAGACACCAAGAAAUGGUAUCGAAAGCCGAAUCUGCGAUUCCUCUACCUGAUCCUAGUUCCCUGUGCACUCGGCGUAGAGUGGACGUCCGGGUUCGACUCGUCCAUGAUGAACAGCUUGCAAGCCGUACCGUCCUGGGUUGAAUACUUUGGCAACCCAACCAGCGACCGCCUGGGGCUGCUCAACGCAAUGUACUCGCUGGGCGGCUUGAUGGCCGUCCCCUUUGUUCCAUCUUUCUCGCAGCUCCUCGGCAGACGCUUGACCAUCGCCAUGGGUUCGCUGAUCAUGUUCCUGGGCGCGGGCCUGCAGGCGGGGGCGCGGAAUCAGGACAUGUUCCUCGCAUCGCGCUGGGUCCUCGGGUUCGGCAUCCCGUUCGCCAUCGUCAACGCGUCGUCGCUGAUCGGCGAGCUGUCGUACGAGCGGGAGCGGCCCAUCAUGACGUCGCUGUUCAACACGUCGUGGUUCGUCGGCGCCAUCGUCGCGGCCGGCACGACCUACGGCACUUUCCAGAUGGCUAGCAGCUGGUCGUGGCGGCUUCCGAGUUUGCUGCAGCUUGUUCCCAGCUUGUGCCAAGUCUGUUUCCUGCCCUUCUGCCCCGAGAGCCCGCGUUGGCUCGUCUCGAGCGAUCGGUCGGAUGAGGCAUUUGAUAUACUGUCAACGUACCACGGUGAGGGGGACAAUGGCGACGAGUUUGUCCGCCUCGAGUUUGCUCAGAUUCAGAGCACCCUCUCCCUCGAGAAGGAGACUAGCAAGGCGUUUGUCUGGGCCAACGUCUUUCGCGACGCACCCAUGCGGCGACGAUUCUUGCUCGCCAUUACCAUUGGCUUCUUUUCCCAGUGGAGUGGCAACGGUUUAUUGUCCUUCUACAUGAAGAAGAUCCUGAACCUGGUCGGAAUUACCGAUAACUUGACUGUGCAAAAGAUCAUCUUAAGCAAGAGCUGCUGGGAUCUCAUAUGCGGUGUCCCAAUUGCACUCACCGUGCCACGCUUCAGACGCCGGGCCAUGUUCUUGACCUGCACCAUCGGGAUUGCAGGUGUAUAUACGGUCUGGACAAUCGCCUCUGCGCGGUACGCCAUACACAACACAGCAGCUGCGGGCAUUGCUGUAAUAGUCUUCAUCUUUGUCUAUUCGCCAUUUUACAACAUUGGCUGGAACGCGCUUGCCUACACGUACCUGAUCGAGAUAUUUCCGUACAGCCAACGGUCGCAGGGCAUCGCCGUGGAGCAGCUCGCCGUGCGUGUAGCCGUCUUCUUCAACACCUUCGUCAAUCCGAUCGCGCUCGAUUCAAUCGGUUGGCGGUACUACAUUGUCUACUGCGUGUGGAUUCUCGUCGAGAUUGCCACGGUCUAUUGCCUUUUCCCAGAGACAAAGGACCGCUCACUCGAGGAAUUGGCAUUUAUGUUUGAAGGGAAGGAGGUACAGGCCAAGCAGAACCGUGGAGUCGACAAGCAGCUCGAGCUCGCGGCGGCUGUAGAGUUGGAACCUGUCAAUCGUGAGACUCCGAGCAAAGCUUGA